AUGGGCUCCGGACCGCUCGGGGCGCUGAGCCUGUUGAUCCUGUUGCUGGCAUCGUCGAGCUGGCUGGCCGUGGGUUGCCCAGCGCCAUGUCGCUGCGCAGGGACGCGUGUGGACUGCGGGUAUAGCGGGCUAACUUGGGCCUCACUGCCAGCCGCCUUCCCUCCUGGCACCACUGAACUGGUGUUAACAGGCAACAACCUCACGGCGAUGCCGCCGGGGCUGCUAGAUGUACUGCCCGCGCUGCGCACCGCGCACCUGGGAGCCAACCCCUGGCGCUGCGACUGCCGCCUGCUGCCGCUGCGCGCCUGGCUGGCGGGCCGACCCGAGCGCGCUCCCUACCGCGAUCUGCGCUGCGCCUCGCCCGCUUCGCUGCGUGGCCGCCUGCUACCCUACCUGGCUGAGGAGGAGCUGCGCGCCACCUGCACGCCCGGCACGCUCUGCUGGGGGGCGCUGGGGGCCCAACUGGUGCUGCUCUGUCUGGGGCUGCUGCACGUGCUGUUGCUGGUGCUGCUGCUGCGCCGCCUGCGGAGGUUGCGCGCCAGCGCCCGUGCCCGGGCUGAGGCCAACUUGUUGCUGAGUGCCCCACUGGUGGCGGAAGGGGUGGAAACAAGCGCAUCCUAA